GACCGUAGUCGCGCUUAGGCUAAACAGUCAGUGGAGUUUCAUGGUAGUGAUUGUGACUCCUGAGCGGCUUAGAGUAAACACCCGAGAAGACUCACGUGAUUUUGUUUAAGUACCGCUUUCUUGGUGAGAAGAUCAACCAUGGAUUUGGCGAGCGUUCUGUGUUUGGUGCUGGGCGUUGGAACUUGGUUCGCCCGCGCGGAGAGGCACAGUGUCUACUGGAACAGCUCAAACCCAAACUUCCUGUGGGACGAUUACGCCGUGGAAGUCCGCAUCAAUGACUACCUGGACAUCAUCUGCCCGCACUACAUCCACGGAGAGGUGGCGCCGCACUCAGCUGAACGCUAUGUGCUCUACAUGGUGGAGAGGGAAGACUACGAUGUUUGCAAGCCGCACUCAUUUGACCAGCUGCGCUGGGAGUGCUCGCGGCCCUUCGCCCCCCACGCCCCUGAGAAGUUCUCCGAGAAGUUUCAGCGCUUCACCCCCUUCACCCUGGGCAAGGAGUUCAGGCAGGGAGAGAGCUAUUAUUACAUCUCCAAGCCGAUGCAUCACCACGGCCAGGAUUGUCUGAGGCUCAAAGUGGACGUGGCCGGACAAAAGGCAUUGGCAAAGACUCACGCAGGCAAAUUCAAGGCAGGGACAGAGAAGAGUUUGGAUGCAUCAAAAGCCAAGUUUACCUCUGCCGGCGGAGUUCACAACCUCUCCAAUCGUCUCCCAGCAGACGACCCAACUGCAAUGGAGCCGAAUGUUCAGAGGAGCAUCGGAAAUUCAGGAGCGCGGCAUGUCUCGGUCUCGCUCUUCUUGGCGCUCCUUCCAGUUUUGUUAGCGGCGAUACACUGAACAAAAAUAACUUUGCAGAACAGCCCAGUGCUGGCCAUUGGGUUCUCGGACACUUUUUUUAAGGAAAAAAAAAAAUAAAAAAAAAAAAAAAUAUA